AUGGAGCUAUCAAAGAGCAGCCUGGGGCUUCUCUACCUCCUGUCCUUUAUCUCCAUUGCUACCACCUUCUUAACUCAAUGUGAAGCAAAAGGCUUAGGGCAACAUGAGAGCUCACAGACUAAUAAAUCAUCAAGGAAGCCGAGGCCAGCAUUGCUCUUCGAGUUGGACUCAUCUCCGGAUCCCUACUCCUCCUCCCUUGUGACCAAUCCUCCUUAUUGUGUCAACCCUCCUCUUGCUCCUCUGCCACCUUCUACGAUACCAACUCCUACGAUUCCCAUGCAAUCUCCACCACCUUCUGUAUACUACUCUCCACCAAUUCUCGCUCCAUAUCCACCAGCAACAGUGCCCGGCCCACCAACUUACGUGCCAGGCCCACCAACUUUUGUCCCAAGCCCACCAGAGUUCGCCCCAGGACCAACUCCUACGCUCCCAAUGCAAUCUCCACCUCUAGCACCACCACCGUCUGUGUACUACCCUCCGCCAGCUCUCCCUCCAUAUCCACCGGAAAUAGUGCCCAGCCCACCAACUUACGUGCCAAGCCCACCUGCAUACGGGCUCAGCCCACCAACUUAUGUCCCAAGCCCACCAGAGUUCGUCCCAGGCCCACCGGUGUUUGUCCCCGGUCCACCACUGUUCCUACCACCAGUGGUGUAUCCACCGCCGUUGGCACCGCCGCCGGCAGUGACAGUGCCCGCCCUCUGGUGUGUCGCAAAGCCCACGGUGCCAGACCCAAUUGUCCAAGAGGCCUUGGACUAUGCAUGCGGGUCCGGGGCCGAUUGCGACUCGAUCCAGCCCGGUGGUGAAUGCUUCCAGCCUGAUACGGUAUUGGCCCAUGCUUCGUAUGCAUUCAAUAGCUAUUGGCAGCGGACGAAGGUGGCCGGAGGGACGUGUGAUUUUGGUGGGACGGCAAUGCUGAUCACUGUUGAUCCAGGCUAUGAUGCGUGUCAUUUCAACCUCAUGUGAAGAUAUAAAUAUCGCAGAGCAAUCAAUUGGCCAUUGGCCAUUGGAGACCAAAAUAAGAGUUGCUUCCAAGCCCAAAAAUCUGAAGCGUUUAAUAUAUAUAUAUAUAUAGGACUUUAAAGCCAUUUAAAUCUUGCACCUAGUGCUUAUUGUGUUUACAUUAAG